CCUUUCGUAAGGUGAAAGGUAAGAAAAAAUUAACUCCCUGUGCGCGCUGCGCAACUGUGUCUUCUAUUUUUAGUACCGUACUUGACUCUACAUUCGGAAAGUCAAUGAACAAUACGAGGUGAAAGGUUAGUAGUACGGUGCCGUGCUGUAUUUUUGAGAAUCACGGAACAUGUGGAUACUGUAAGUACGAGUACUCGUAUGCAUUUCGUAACAAUUGAAUACGGUCGCAAAAGAGAGCAAAAAGUAAUGAUUUCAAGUUCUAAACUUCGAUUUGAAGUUAUGAACUUCACGUAGAAAGUCUACUAGGUUCUACUGAGCUAGUUUUUGGAUUGCAUUCAUGAUUGACUCAUGAUUGAAUCACCUCAAACCAUUUUAAAUCGCCCUGAACCAUUUUUUUGUUUUGAGGGGAAUCGUGAUUCGUCCAUUCAGUCAUUUAAAAAAACUAGCUCAGUAGAACCUGGUACAUGAUGUACGAGCAUCAUAACUUCAAAUCGAAGUUUAGAACUUCAAAUUAUUACUAUUUGCUCUCUGGGCGAGACGAUGUGCAAUUGUUACGAAACUCGUAGUAAAGGUCAUUACAUUAAUCAUCAUUGUAAAAUGAAAUUAUUGUUCAAGUAAUAUUCGAUGAAGAAUACAUACUAUUAGACCAUUUCUCACCAGUGAAAAUCUAGUAGCUUAAAUCUAUCACUCUUUUAUUAUCUUGUCACAUUGCCACGUCCGUCACUAUAGUACCGGACAGUAUUUAUUGAUCGCCUCCGGAGAACUCUUUCGAAGUCCUAGGUACAAUACCCAGUAUUUGUUUGGAAUAUCAAAUACUCUUAAACGCCAAGGCGAAGGGAUAGAAAGCUACAACGGUGUUCCAGCGUACGGGACGUAGAAGUACUUCAAGCGACGUCUGCUCCAAUCGUGAUUAACAGACAGUACAAAACCUAUUACUGUAAUACCGGUACAACUCGGACCUUGUAUUAUCAAUACGAUUUACUCUUACGUGAAUAAUACUUCUAGUAUGAAUAACGUACUCGUACUUUACCGUACAUCACGAAAUACUGUAUUUUGGUGAUGGAUGAUAGGCAACUGCAUUCCUGCGCGGUGGGUACUGUACACGCUACCUCUGUGUAGCUUCGUUACUUAGCCAAAACAACAGGUUCCCACUUCGACAAUACUUCCACGAAGUACCGUACGAACCGGUACCGGUACGAACUUCUAAUUACUUCUUUUCUGUUAGGACUAGGACCGUCGCAGGCGUCAAUUUCAGUUCUCCGAAAAUUAUUUUCCUUGGGGACACAACGCAGCUAGUACUCGUACCUACCGUAUUGGAACAAAAACUACAAAAAACCUAACACCAGCACCAAUCCCAAUUUUAGGACAAACGGUGGCGGCAGCGACGACAAAACACAACAAGCCACAACCGAAAUUUCAACGACCCAGUGUAGCAACCACAUUUUCUAGCWGCAUCCCACCCACAAACAAAAAAGCCUUUAUCAUCAGCACCCUACAUGGAACAAAAUACUUUUGYCUUUGAACUCAAACGGAUUCUGUUUUCUACCGUGAUUAGCAYAAGSACAUCAUCAACAACAUAAUAUUAUCAUGGAGUUGUUGCUUUCUUUGUCCAAUUACAUGGGUGAAAGUGGGGUUGCACUCAUAGCGGUACUGCCCCUCGCAACUUUUGCCCUGGGUUUGCUGUGCUUUGCCUACGUCUGCCUGAUGRUGCUCUUUUUCAACACCGACCACACCCUUCGCUCCUGGCUGAAGAUGAACAGUGCCAUCGGACACAAUUACCGUCCACCAGUGGCGCCCUUUGGGAUGUUCGAGUGCAUCCGCUUCAUGACGAGCGACCAGCARCCAUGGUUCCCUYUGAGGGCCCGAAAGGCCCUCAACGACUCGGACACUUUCGUGCUGCCACUUCCGAGGCGUCCGGUGAUGACGGGGGACUACGAGCUUGCUCGGGAGAUCCUAACAGAUCCGCUCUCGGUUAAGCCGAAGACSUACCAGGAAUUCGAGCCCCUCGGUGUUGGUAGCAUCUUUACGAGAAACGGUUCGUACUGGGUGAGUUCGAAAUUGUUCGAAUCKGCUCGAAAGCUUACAUGGAUGUGCGAUGUUAUUUCUUUGCUUUAUUUGGUAAAUCUAGUUCUGCAAUAAUCUAUUCGAUUUGUAGUCAGCAAUCAUGCAGCACUUCUACAGCACUCACACUAUGCUCCCGUUGUUUUGUCUAACAUCUUUCUCUAUCUUGCCGUGUCUUGAAAAUACUUUCACAUGAAAUUCCAUUCACAACAGCACGCACGAAGAAAGGGGGUGGCGCCGGCAUUUUCCAAUAGACAUGUGAAACGAAUGAAUCUGGUUGCUUUGGAACACGCUGAAAAAUGGAUCCAAGAAGUUCUCAUCCCCUGUGCCAAGGCUGGAAAAUCAUUCGAUGUAUCGAAGGGAAUGAUCUCGAUAACCCUUGAAGCGAUCUGCAAAACGGCAUUUGAAUACGAUAUUUCUCAGCAAGAAAAGGACGAAUAUCUCCGGAACAGCGAGCUGGUCCUGAAAGAGUUCUUGACCAAGUCUAUCAACAAUCCGUUUCGCAAGUACUUCGGCCGGUGGAUCCCCGGGCGGCGCAGGGCGCUCGACGCGGCACUUGCAAACGCAAGCCUCGCCAGGCGGAUCAUCUCAAAGUAUAAAGCUAACACUAAACCCAUCAAGGGUACAAUCAUCGACUACCUCUGCCACAAUCCCUGCUACGCAAACGAGGACGAGAUCGUUGCAGAUGUCUUGUUAUAUUUGACGGCUGGGCACGACGUGAGUACCAGUACCGAGGAAUACAAUUACAUAUCCAAAACCAUCGAUCAUCGCUGACUCUCUCACAUGUUUUUUAUCCUCUGAUUUAUUCUAAAACAAAUUUGUGUAACACCACAGACCACCGCUUACACAAUGGCGUUUACACUCCUGGAACUUGCUCGAAAUCCAGACCUUCAGAAAWCCGUAAGGGACGAAGUUGCUGUCAUGGAAUCUUCCGAUCAUUGGAGGCGGUCUGAGGCUCUCCAGAUGGCMAUAAARGAAUCAAUGCGGCUCUACCCUGUCAGCGCCAGCGGGUCGUCCCGUGUAUGCGGGAGGGAUUUCGUCACCAAGGAGGGAUGGGUCAUCCCGGCGGGAACGAGCGUUGUCAGCCACAUUAUGCUGAUKCACCGCAACAAGAAUGUCUUUGGGGAAAACGCGGACGAGUAUGUUCCCUCUCGUUGGGAAAACCCCACACAGGCCCAGAAGGACUCAUUUCUUAUCUUUGCGGCGGGCAAGCAAAACUGCCUUGGGCAAUCGCUCGCUCAAGCCGAGCUGCACUGCAUCAUUCCGAGGAUACUCUCCGAGGUCGAGCUUGAGGUGGAAGACGAGGGAAACAUCACAUGGUUCCUSACGCUGAAACCAAUCGGGGUAAAACUGAGACCAAAGCUCGUGGUUGCGCAAUGACAUGAAGAAACAUCGUAUCGCUGCAGGCCUACCUUCUCGAGGGGGCGAUGAAACAAGCCUACAAACACAYCAUAGAAGAAUCGAUCCAUCGAUCCAUGUAUAUAGAACAACUCAUGACAUGCUCCAAAUAUCCAACUAAAUGUAACAUAGCCAC